CAACCACGGGUUGGUGUUUGCCUCAUCAUAUAAACAACACAACUUCCCUAGCUUUGGACAUUUGUUCAAGAGUCAUCACACAAGAGGCAGAGAGCCAGCCACUUCUGAGUUUUGAGAUUGAACUAACUUCGCACACACGAAAGUUGGGGGUUAUGGAUUCUUCAGACACAGAGCUUUUUCCUGCUAUUCAGGAUGUUCUGCUUGAGUUUCGUGCUGGUAAAAUGCAUAUGGAAGGGAAACGGGUUGUUGCUGAUCCGCGUAAAGGACUUGUUCGCAUUGGAAGAGGGGAGGAGGGACUAGUUCAUAUUCAAUGGCUUGAUCGAACUAACAACACUGUUGAAGAUGAUCAAAUUGUUUUCCCAGAAGAGGCAGUUUUUGAGAAGGUUGGUCAAGCUUCUGGAAGGGUUUAUUUGCUGAAGUUUCAGACAGAUGACCGCAAGUGUUUCUUCUGGAUGCAGGAGCCUAGAGCUGACAAUGAUGAAGAAUUGUGCAAGUCAGUCAACCUGUACAUCAAUCAACCGAUAGGUUUUCCUACUGAAGAUGUGACAGGUUUUCCAACUGAAGAAGAUGACACUCUAGGUGAAGAUAUUUCAUCACGGGCUGGGAAUUUGGUUGGAUCAAGUACGGGAGCAGAAGUAAUCAGUGACGUUUCCUCUUCCGGACCAGUUAAAUUGGCAGAUCUUCAAAGAAUUCUAAGCAAUAUUGGACCCUCAGGGGAGGCAGCAGAUCCCGAUGGAGGUUUAGGAUUGGGCGAUAUCCUGAAGCCUGAACUUCUAUUGCCAUUGAUGGAGACAUUGUCACUUGAGAAUGUAGCAUCUCAUUUACCUGAGGGUGAAUGGACUCCAGAGGAAUUAAUGGAGUUGCUGCAAAGUCCUCCUUUUCGUCAACAAGUUGAUUCUUUUACCUAUGUCCUGAAGACUGGUCAAAUAGAUCUGACUCAAUUUGGAGUUGACCCAAGUAAAUACAAGUUCACGGUCCUAUCUUUUCUUGAGGCUCUUGAAGAUUCUGUUGCAAAAACAUCGGAUACUGAUGAUCCAAUGCAAGAUGCUGGUGAUUCAAGAUCUCAGACUUGUAAUCAAACUGAUGAAAUGGAUGAAGGUCAAUAACAAAAUUUGAUUCAGCAGUUUGUUUUGUUCUCAGUGAGAGGCAUAACAUUACAGAUUUGUGGAUACUGCAAGUGUUCCUUUAUUUAUGUACAACACAAAAACUAGUCAAAAUUUCACUUUUACAUUUAAUGCAGGGACCUUUCGAAAA